CUAUCGUGGUGUGCGGAACAGCCAGCGGUCACCCAUCCAUGGAUAUGAUGUCUAAGGUCCCUGUGUUCCUUGCCUUUCUCACCCUUGUGAGAGCUGGUAACAUCUUUGGUGGCGGCCAGCAGUAUGGUUUCCAAGGCGCUGGUUUUCAAGGCGGGGGUUUCGGAGGACCACUGUACGCUGCGGCUGCUACUCCUGGCGUCUCCGCUGCUGGUGCUUCCUACCCUCCCCAACCAUACAGCUUUGGCUACGACACUACCGAUGAAUUCGGCACCCAACUCUUCCACAAGGAGCAAGGCGACGCCAGCAACGCAAAGACUGGUUCCUACGGUUACCGCGACGCAAACGGCCUCUUCCGCACAGUGAAGUACGUGGCCGAUGCCAACGGAUUCCGUGCAACUGUGGACACCAAUGAGCCCGGCACCGCUCCCGGUGCCAGCGCAGAUGCCGUGUUCAACGCUAAUCCUGUGGCGGCACCUGCCGGAGCGGCUAGUGGCAAUGCUGGACCGGGUGGUCCCUGGGCUGGCUAGUCUGUGGUGUUUAGGGACAUGCCUAAAUAUUGAAAGUGUUGUUUGUGCCCAAAAGUCCUGUAAAGAUGUUUUCUGGAAUAAAUGACCUAACCAUCAGCACUGUUGCAUGCAAAUAUGAUUCUGGACAAAU